UCCCUCAAGGAAAACAUGGCAGAAAUUGAGGGCAUGCUAGCUGGCAUAGAAAGCCCCAAUAAACGGGCAAAAAUGGAUAGUGGACAGUCAUCUACAAAUUUCGAUGAAUCGAAGUUUGCCCGCUAUUAUAGGACUGACACGGUGACUACCGCGAACACUUCGCAAUCAGCAACAGUUGGAGUGAACGAUGCCGCAACGUACCACUUCUCGUUGCCUUAUACUUACACGAGCGCUAACUCUUUAUCCACGUACUCACCUUCCACUACGCAACACCAAAGUUCUCCAGUCUUCACAUACAGCUCGUCAUAUGGAUACAACUUCUCUACGAUCAAUGGAAUCCAUUCAGAAUACCAAAACGGCUCAGUUUUCUCGCCAACAUCGUCAGCAGUCACCUUACUGUCUACAUCCAGUCAUUUYCCUUCAUCAAGCAGCAAUAGCAUCGCUCAUCAUCAUACUCCCCCCUCACGCGUUAUACACUGUCGAGCUGUUGCCGACGGAUGCAAAGAAACCGACUUGAUACAAGUAUUGCAACCUUUUGGGAAAAUAACUUAUGUUACUUUAUUACCAAAAAUAAGACAAGCAUUGGUUGAAUUCGAGACACUAGAGGCUGCCAUUGCAGUUGUUACGUACUCUCAGACAAACCCCCUCACUGUACUUGGCAGACAAAUGUUCGUCAACUAUUCAAAAAGUCAAGAGAUCAAGAGAGAUAAGGUUAUGAAUGGAGACAGUUCAAGUCCGAGUGCGGAGGCCAGCAAUAUAUUGUUAUUCACCAUUAUAAACCCUCUUCAUCCGAUUAAUGUGAAAAUCCUACAUAAAAUUUGCAGCAUAAGCGGUAAAGUCCUAAGGAUAGUGAUUUUCCAUAAGAAUGGCCUCCAAGCUUUGGUUGAAUUUGACACCGUCGAAUCUGCCCAGAAUGCGCUGGCUCGUCUCAACGGGCAGGAUAUCUAUGCUGGUUGCUGUACUUUAAAGAUUGAUUAUUCAAAGAAAGCAAAGAAACUAAACGUUUUUAAAAAUGACGAGGAAACGUGGGACUAUACUGGAGCACUUAAUGGCACUACUGGAAUUCCUAGCAAAACAUCAUUACUUGGCACUGGUUUGCUGUCGGCAAUAUCAGGUACUGAUACCUGUGAGCCCGUGAUACCAAGCUCUCCACCUAGCGGUGUCAAUGGUAGCUUAACCAAGAGUGAUGAUUAUGGAUAUGGCUCAGUCAGCAGUUCUAUACCACUUCCCAGUGACGUCAUCGCUCGAGCAGCGGCAUUCCCAACUGUACAGAGUAUUCUAGCGAAGGUUGCCUCUCUUCAGGGCAGUAAAAGCCCUCCUACUUCUUCACCUAGUCCUCCGAGUAUAGCCUCCGACAGCUCGCCCAAGCUAGGAAUUCUGGGCACGUCGCCAUUUCAACUGUCUCAGCCAGGGUUGCUAGGGGCGUUACCAGGGCUCGGACAGACACAAACGACGCUCACCAAUGGUGUGCAUUCGAACAGCUUGGGCACAUCACCGCUGAGCUCUAGCGAGUGGAGUCGCACUGUUGGCAGAGCGUGGGCUGGUUUAGACACUGCURCAGCUCAAACAACUACUAAUGCUACACAGAUCAGCACACAAGCUUUGAGCACAGCUGGUGGCACGGGAUGUGUGUUGAUGGUAUAUGGACUMAACCACGAGAAAAUGAACUGCGAGAGAAUCUUUAAUUUGUUUUGUCUGUAUGGCAACGUCAUUAAAGUCAAAUUUCUGACUAACAAGCCAGGUGCUUGUAUGGUGCAAAUGUCCGACAAAAUCGCUUCCGAGAUGGUCAUACGUAACUUAAGUGGAUCAAUUAUCUUUGAAAGCAAGAUUAACAUUAUGUUCUCCAAACAUCCAUUCAUCGCUGAUUCAUCGGUAGUGACCGCAUUGCCUGAUGGUAGUCCUUCAGCCAUGAACUUUGCUGACAACAGGAAUAACAGGUUUAAAUACUUACCAGAAGGACAAAGCCUCAAAAAUCGAUACCAGCCACCCACAAGAAUGCUUCAUUUCUUCAACGCUCCGCCUAAUUGCACUGUAGAUCACUUAAGAGACCUUAACAUGUUGCUAGGAUACCAGCCACCCACAAGAAUGCUUCAUUUCUUCAACGCUCCGCCUAAUUGCACUGUAGAUCACUUAAGAGACGUAUUCGUGAAAGCCGGAUCAUUAGCUCCCUUAAAGGGGACUUUUUUCUCGAAAGCAAAUACGAAGUCAUCCGCUGGGCUUUUAGAAAUGGCGGACAUUCGUUCAGCUAUGGAGGCUYUGAUCCUUACAAACCAUUACACAAUCAACUCACCAGGCGGUGGUUCAUUUACAUUAAAACUAGCCUUCUCUCCAAGCUCCUCAAUAUCUCCAACGGCGCCUACAGUCGCGCCUGCGGUAGCUGCAGCAGCGGUCGCCGCUACRAGCCUAGGGGCAAAUCCUUUAGGUCCCAUUGGUUCCCCGAUGCACGUCCACAGUUCYAAUGGCAGUCCAAAUGGUGUUCUUACUAAUGGAAUUAUGGAUAUGAACGGUGAUAUGGAGCAACAUCAACAACGAAGUCCCCCUGAACAACACACUCAAAGUCCUUGACAAACGUCCGUAAGUUGGUCUGAAAAUAAUCUCGCAUUAUCAUUCGUARCUUCUUCAAGGAUAUCCUUCACGCAGACUGCUUCCAAAGCGAAAUGACAGCUAGCGUAUGGCUACUUCAAAACCGCUAAUUUUAGUUCUGUCGAAGUGUGUUUUGCUCAAAGCUUCGUUACACUACAUCGUUCAUCACGUGAAUGCUAUUCGAUCAACAAAAAUUCGGUGAAUUGRAAAACGGGGGAUAGAGAAUGUAGUUUUAGAAUAAAAUAAUAAGCAAUGAUACCCAAGGCGUCAAGCAAAYAAGACAAAAUAAUUGUUUUUUCAUCAAUUGGUAAUUAUAGUUUUUAGAAUAAAUGUCGAUAGUAGGUCGGGUAGUAAACGCUCUUUGAUCGCUCGUGAGUAAACAUCACUUUUAAGGUCUGGUUACCUAGAUUCAGCGACAAAAAUCUGCCACAAUUCUUUACUUAAUCGUUUUGCUAUACUCCGUAAGGAGAUUGGAUCAUCAAUACCGACUGAACUCGAUGAAUAAAUAAUCUUUAUAUGAGAAUUACAACGUAAAACCUCGAAAAAGAGGAGUUGAAACAAUCAAAAAUUUAUAUUCAAUGUAUCAAUAUAGGCGGGUAUUCCGCAUUAAUUACAAAUUAUAGUUUAUAGUUUUAAAAUAGUCAAAAAAUACAAAAUACAAAUUAUUAUAUUGCUUUCCUUCCUUGCGCUCAAGAUGAACAAAUGAGAUUUAUCGAUGUUAGUGAACUUACUCAAAAAAAACAAAAACAAGAUGGCGGCCAAAAAUCUAUCCGUAAUCCUUUUCGGCAAGGAAACAUGGGUUUCAGUACAUGUAGCAGUAACUGAUGGGAUUGAUUUGCCGUCACUAUUGGAUAUAUUUUGAACAGAGUCAUUUCUUGUUUUUGAAGAGGGAGCUCGCUGUAUUUUUAGGUCGUAUUGUAGUAUUCUAAAUUAGCCUCCCAGUCGUCAAUUUACCGUUCAAACGAUCCAACUUAAGAACUUAAAUGAAUAGCAUGAUUCGCUUGUCUUUAGUUCUUACCGGAACAUAUUCAGUUUAUUUGAUAAUACAAAGUCAAAUUUAAUGCGAAAUGUUGUCCUUGCUCGUAGAUUAAAACUAAAUAAAAUUAGAAUUAAGAAUCUGCGAGAUUUUGAGCAGUUUUCGUUGAGCUAAAAUUGCGUGCUAUUAUUUCUGUACGAUAAAUUAGAGCUUUUUUCACAUAAAUCAUACAUUCCCAGAACAAUAUCUUAUUUUGUCAUGUUUUGCAGAGUUUUAAUAUAAAUUUCUUUUUGACGAUGCACGUUUUCGUAGAACUUGUAGCAUAAAAUACAUAUGUACAUAUUAUGGUAUAUCAAUGUUCGUCCAGUCGCUCGUUAUGACAGCAUUGAAAGCAUCUUUAAAGUCACUGGGUUCCAAUUCAUCACCAUCACAUUCGUUCAAGUUAUUUAUUCCAAAAUUGGCACUUAUAUUCAAAAAAUCACUCGAAGAAAUAGGCAUCUUUCCCUUGAAAUUUGUACUCAGUAACUCUUGAUGCUUUCAGAAAUGUGCUUUAUCAAAAUUAUCAUUAUUAUUAGUUAUUAUACAACUAUUGUGAGAAGAAAAGAAGAGAGAUUGUAUAAGUCUUAUAAGCAUGUUACCAUUGUAACAAAAGUAACCUAGUAAACAGGAUGUCAUUUUUUGCACUUAUUCGUUUUCAACGUCGAUAUCAAAUUGUACUUCCUUCUCUUUUUAAGGACCAAAUACAAAUACGAUUUGAAAACGGAUUCGUGCAGCCAACAGAGCUAAAAGAGAUUUAGUCUUUCUCAGCCAAUUAUAAUCUUGCCUCAGUGCUAUGCACUCACUUUUCAUUGGCCUCAGAGAAUGAGAACAGUCCUAGAUUUUUAAAUUUACAACACAAAACGUCCUUCCUGCUACCAGCUGCCAAAAUCUCUCUCGCUGUACUACAGUGAGAGACCCUGUUAGCAGAGAAAUAAACUCAGUCCCAUAAAAGAAAUCAAAUAAGUGAAUUCGCCUUAUAGAAAUAUGAACGAGGUAAAAAUGGCUGUGAACAAGACUUGCAGCUCUUCCAUUAAACAGCUCUAAUGUUAAGCUUGUCCAAAUCCAAUGCUAAUGUUAGAUAUUAUUAGUGAUCAUUGAGGUUGUUAUCCCUUAGGUUCACGUGUUUUUGCAUGCUUAGAUUAUCUUGACUUAAGUGAGUCAUCAUUGAACUAUAUUAUAAAAAAAUAAUAAUAAUUUGCUAUCGCAUUCUUUCUAAAUUUUAUUAUUCAAGAUGUGUUUCUAAUAUUAUCGUUAUUAUAAAUAUGGAUUUAUUUCUAAGUUUAAGCCACGUACAUUAUCGAAAUUAUAAGGUUAAGUUCUGUUCAAGAGCUGUUUAUUCAUCUUACCAUACAUUACAAAACAUGAAAUAUUUCCCCGUCAAGGCAGAUAGGUUUUCAAAAGCCAUCCAGUAUUUUGGCAAAUCCUUCUACUUCACAUUUGCAAAAUAUAUGAUUAUGUAGUCGCGGUUUUGACUAAGGAACAAUUUCGGUGUCACAAACAAAGGCGUUUGCAACACUGUAGCAAAAUCACACAGCAUGAUGAAACAAGACACGUGAUUGAUGUCAUGUGGUAACAAAACCGCUGAUUGGUUCUUGAACGUUUCUUGCCUUUUGUUUAAAAACUUCCUAAGUUACCUAUAUUUAUAUUUUCUACUUUAAGUUUUUUUUCUUGAGAUUUCAAGAUUUGAGAUUUAUUAUCUAAAAAUUUAAUUUUUUUCACUUUAUUUUUUGCACAAAUGCACCUUUUUCUUGUAAAGAACGUCGUAUAUUUGAUUCCAAAUCGAUCCUUAGACCCGUGAAUCUACAUUCAGUCAUCUAAGCUUAAAAAGCAAAACAUCGCAGAGUGAUUUAAACAUGUACAUGGGCUUAUAGUCAAAUGAUCUAUUUUUUAUAUCCAUAAUUCGUUGAAUUAAUCUUACAUUAUUAUAUUAUUAUUAUUAAUGUAACUGUUACUGUCGUCUUAGAAACAUGAAAAUUUAGUAUUUCUCGUAAGCUCAAAAGCGAGCUUGAAAUUCCUCUAAUACGAACCGAACGCUUCGUCUCAGCCCUCUAUAAUACGAUCGACUGACCUUUGAGAGAUUGAAAAAGUGUCCACGCUAUAGCUGUUCGUAAUAUAGAGGGUAAGAUACAAAUAAAGUAACAUCACUUUUUACAUGGCCUUGAGAGCUGCCCGGAAUGAUAAGCUGCAUGUUCGUAUUUAGAUAAAUCUUUUUAGACUAAAACAGUUAAAAAGGCACGCGUUCUGUUGGUCAGAAAAAGAUGAAUGCAAGUUAGGAUACUUGUUUGAGUUGAAUAGCAGAGUAUUCUUGUCCGGAGUUUCCCUUUCCCUUAUUUUGAUAGCUGUAUUGUCUAUAGUCCACAGUACUGUGGUGAGUACUGUGAUUGCUAUAACUUGUUGCAUCUGUACCAGCAGAAGUUGUGCACAAUUUCUUCCUAUUUUGUUUUGUUUACUUUAUACUUCUAGUAUUCCAAACUGUCGCCGUUGUCUUGCAAAAUGGUUUGUUUGGCGUUGGUGUUUCGAUCUGAGUGCUCUGUCCAUCGGGUAUAUACUUUGUGGAUGAUACUCCUUGUCAUAAGUACUAUGAUUAAAGUAUGCGGUUUCGUGGAGAAACCCAGUAUUAACCUAUCUUACCAGAAGAACAAUGGUUAGCCACUUGGCACAGGUUUGCCAACAUUUGCAAGACACGUGCACAGCUAAAUUUAAUAAAUAAUAAUUAAUAUUAAAUAUUAAUAAAUAGUACCUAAGUCAUAAUAUCGUCUAAAUAGACAUAAAUUAAGCAACAUUCGCUGUUUUUAUAUUUUGCACGCACACGUAUUUUUCUUUUUCUUUUUGGUCGCAAAUUAAGUUAAUUCUUUGUAUUUUUACUUAUUCUGUAAUAGGUCUUACAUUAUUAAUACAAUUUAUCGUGUAAUUAUGGACUAUUUCAUAUAGAACAGAGCAUAUUAAAAAGAACAAUCAAUCAAUAACCGUUAUUAAGGUUAUAUUCGAUAUUUUAAGAAGAUUAAAAUGGAGAAUUAGAACAAGUGUCUUUGUUUUUGAUUAUUUAUGAUGCGUUGUAUUUUCACUACCAAAUCGACUAAAACAUUAGUAAACGGUUUUCUGUGUUA